UCCUUCAAUUUUAUUUAUCUAAAAAAAUAUUAUGAAUUAAGGAGUAAAAAGUAAGGUCAAAACCAGUGGAAACCUUCAAAAUGAUAGACAGUAACCUCACUUUCACUUCAAUAAAUCAAAAUAAACAUUAGUUUAAUAUUUGGGUUCCAAUUUAUUAAUUUUUGUAGAGUCAAAAUUUGUGCCAAACGCAUACAUGAUAAAAUAAGGGAAAAAAGUGUCACAGGAUAUGAAUACGAUUCACGAUCAGUGGCUAAUAAUGUAAAUGUCAGCUGUAAAUGUUCAAAAGUUGGAAAUUUUGAAAAAACAAUUCUAGUAAAACCAAAUCAAAGUCCAAUUUCAAUCAUCAACGUAGUCGAUAUCAAACGAAAAAUGUCGUCUACUUCCAAAGAUAGUACUACUUCAACAACAGCGGUGACUCAUGAAGGAAAAACAAACCGUCUUGCCUUUGAACAUUCACCAUAUUUACGACAACACAUGUACAAUCCCGUUGAUUGGUAUCCAUGGUCUGAGGAAGCUUUUGAGAAAGCAAGACGAGAAAAUAAACUGAUAUUUUUAUCAGUAGGAUACUCAACUUGCCACUGGUGCCAUGUAAUGGAAAAAGAAAGUUUUGAAAAUUCAUCAGUAGCUGCAAUCAUGAACGAACAUUUCGUUAAUAUUAAGGUUGAUCGUGAGGAAAGACCUGAUAUUGAUAAAAUUUAUAUGACAUUUAUCCAAGCUACAACAUUUCGAGGUGGUUGGCCAAUGUCAGUUUUCUUAACACCAGAUUUAAAACCAAUUACAGGUGGAACAUAUUUCCCACCCGAAGAUUCUAGAUAUCAUUUAGGCUUUAAAACGUUACUAAAUAAAGUUGCAACAACAUGGCGGGAAAAACCGGAUGUUUUACAAAAAACAGGGAAUUCUGUACUAGAAUCCUUACGAAAUACUGUUGAAAAUGAAUCAGUUUCAUCAGACGCUAGUAAAAUGAAAGUGCCAACUUUAGAUGUAGCGAAAAAAGGAUUUUCACAAUAUGCUAGUAAUUACGAGCAUGAAUUCGGUGGUUGGAAUGAACAACCGAAAUUCCCACAACCUUCAAAUUUCAAUUUUCUAUUCCAUAUUCAUAUUCGACAUAAAGAUUCGGAAAUUGGACAGACUGCUUUAGAAAUGUGUACGUAUACUUUGAAAAAAAUGGCGAAAGGUGGUAUUUAUGAUCAUAUUGGGGAUGGAUUUGCUAGAUAUUCGACGGAUAGUAAAUGGCAUGUACCACACUUUGAGAAAAUGCUUUACGAUCAGGGUCAAUUAGUUGUUUCAUACUGUGAUGCGUAUUUAGUUACGAAAAAUGAAUUUUAUGCAAAUGUGGCCAAGAACACGUUAGCUUAUGUUAGUCGAGAUUUAAGUCACAAAGAAGGUGGAUUUUACAGCGCAGAGGAUGCUGAUUCAUUACCAAAUACCAAUGCAAAAGAAAAAGUCGAAGGUGCUUUUUAUGUUUGGGAAUAUUCUGAGAUAAUUGAAUUAUUAAGAGAUAAAAAAAUUGACAAUCUUUCAUAUGCCGAGAUUUUUUGCUCUCAUUAUAAUGUAAAGAAAGAGGGCAAUGUUGAUAAACGUCAGGACCCUCACGGUGAAUUAAGGAAUAAAAAUGUUUUAAUUGUAUUUGGUUCUGUGGAAAAAACGGCCGACAAAUUUAAAAUUAGUAGUGAGACUGUUGAGAAAAUUUUGAGUGAAUGUAAGGAUAUUUUGUAUAAAGAGCGAUCAAAAAGACCAAGACCACAUUUAGAUACAAAAAUUAUUACUGCAUGGAAUGGAUUAAUGAUAACAGGAUAUGCUAAAGCUGGCCUAGUUUUGAAGGAACAAAAUUAUAUUGAUCGAGCUAUUCGUGCAGCGAAUUUUAUUAAAAAAUAUUUAUAUGAUGAGAACAGUAAUAUUUUGUCUAGAAGUAUUUAUGUUGGUAGUGAACAACAAAUUGUCCAAAUAGCAAAACCAAUACAAGGAUUCUUAGAAGAUUAUGCAUUUUUAAUUCGUGGCCUAUUAGAUUUAUAUGAAGCCUCCUUGGAUGAUAAAUGGAUUCAAUGGGCUGAACAGUUAGAAGAGAAGCAAGAUGCUUUAUUCUGGGACUCGGAUAAAGGUGGAUAUUAUCAAAGUCCAAUUGGAAGUUCUAAUGUAAUAUUACGCCUCAAAGAAGAUCAAGAUGGCGCCGAACCAAAUGGAAAUAGUGUAGCAGUCCAAAAUUUGUUACGUUUAUCUGCAUAUUUAAAUCGCAAUGAUUUUCAAGUAAAAGCGGGGAAAAUUUUAUCUGCUUUUGCUGAACGUUUAGAAAAAAUUCCAAUUUCUUUACCUGAAAUGGCUUCAGCAUUAAUUUCUUAUCAUAAACAUCCAACACAAGUUUUUAUUGCUGGCGCUACUGACGAUCCAAAAACACAUGCACUGUUAGAUGUUGUACGAGAAAGAUUAUUACCAAAUCGUUUGUUAGCAGUCUCUGAUUCUUCAGGCGGAUCAACAACGCUAUUGCAACGGCGUUUGGAAGUGCUAAGUCGAUUAAAGCAAUUGAAUGGCCGUCCUGCUGCCUAUGUUUGUAGGCAUUAUGCAUGUAGCUUACCUGUUACAGAGCCAACAGAUUUAGCACAUUUAUUAGACGAUGAAGAUAAUUAAAUUCUUCUAAAAUCGACGCAGAAUAUAUAAAAUUUAAUUUUUAAAUGUAUAUAUGGUUUUUUUGAGUUUGUAUAUAUAUUCAUAUUUUGUUUGGUAAGUUUAUUUCGAAUUUCUGUGAAUAACUUAAGGAGCGUUUUAAUUUAUUUCUUGUUAGCCAUUAAUCGGCCAAAACUUUUCAUUACAAUUUCACCAGCUUACUAUUAUUCACAUAAAAAUAUUAUUCUUUUUAAUUUACCUUCAGAAAAUAAGUGUAGGAUUUUAAGUUAUUCAUGGAAAAGUAUAUGAAUUUGAACCGCAGUUACUUUUAAUUUCAGGUGAUUUACAAUUUAUCGCUCCGUCC